AUGUGGCAAACAUGGUCUUCCCGAAUUACAGCAAAGAACUCGCACAACAACAACAACAACACUAAAUCAUCAACCAAAUCAGCACUAGCUCCCACCGGAGUAAAGGCUCCGAGCCCAAAAAAUCCUCUCUUCUUUGAGAGUCAGCAACAUCAAAUUUUGAAGAAUGCACUCUCAACCCGACAACAUCCGAUCAAUAAUACUUCAUCAAAACGGAAUAUUCAUCAACAACGACCACAACUUCCCUCCCGCUAUAAUAAUGACGGUGAUGAUAAUGACGAUGAUGAUGAUGAGGAAGAUAUUGUGUUUAAUCCGCAAUUUGCCAAUUUCAUCUCAUUAGAGAAAGAUAACUCACAAAAAGAUUUCUAUGAUGAUGACAAUGAAGACAAAGCAUUACAACCAUCAUCAACGAGUAAUAAUUUAGUGCUGGAUAAAACCAGUCCGUUGAACAGUCAAGAGAAAGAUAUUAUUGAACACUUUUCUAACAAAAUUAUUGCUAAUUCGCAACAAAUUUCUUCCAUCAAGAUUGGAGACCGUAUGGUUGAUGAGAAUGAGGAUGAAGACAAUGAUAAACGACACCACAACAAUACUCGGCGAUCAUCUCCAAUGAUAUCAAGUAAAGCUUUGUUCACACCACCCUCUAAAAAGAGCAGUCAAAACAAAAAAUCGAGCUCCACUUCAAAAUUAAUAACUGAUGACGAUGACAACAGCUCAGAUAGUCUUUCCAUCAAUGAUGACGAUUUUGAAAAAUAUUUUGGAAGCUCACCAAGUUUAAAUUCAAGUAGUAGCACGAAGAAAAAGAAGACCUCUUCAGCCUCAUCGAAGAGACGAAAGAAAACAACCAAGCAGCUUCCAGACAAAAUUUCAGGAAUUUAUCAUUCUGAUGAGGACGAAAUCGAUCAAGAUGUUGAAAGUCUUAAUGAAAUUAUGAAUUUUGACAAUGAGGACUCUCAACCGCGAGUGGUCAACACAACUGAGAACGACUCGUCAUCCUCUACCGCUACCGAGUCGACUAAUUCAUAUUCAAACGAAUUUUCUCAACCCCUUACUCCACCAGAGAGAACAUACAAGGCAACUAAGAAAAAACAAACCUCUCAAGCCUCCGUCAAAAGCAAAUCAUCCCUAAACACUUCCAAGUACUUCACUCCUCAUUCUUCAACCGCACAGACAUCAUCUGCCAAAAGAAAAUCAGCAGCUGCCACACUCACUGGUUUGUCUUACCAUUUACCAAAGGAAAUCGAAGAUGAAGAUGAUAUUGGUGAUUUUUCUGAUGAGGAGAAUGUCACAAUGGGGGGAUCUUCGAAUGGUGCCUUUUUUUCCAAUCUUCCUCAACAUUCGAGUUUAAACUCCUCCACAAUGCAGCAACAUGUUCACAACAACAACAAACUCUCAACAAUUACAGCCACUUCCAAGUCAAAGUCACUCAUUAAUGUCGAUGAUUUGAUUGCAAGUGACAGUGACAAUGAAGAAGAAACAACUGAAGAAACUACCACAAGCUCAGAAAUGGAUCAGCGUUUCAGUCAAAUGGUUGCAGCAGCACAUACUCCCCUUUCUCAACAACCGGUGCAAACAACCCCUGCUAGGACCUCAUCAGUUGUGACCUCCUCUGCCUCCAAAAACACAAGCACCUCCAAGAAGACCAACACCGAUAAUGUGCAUAAGGACAUUAUUUUGUCAGGGGAGGAUGGUUUUGAUCUCGAUGAAAGAUUGAAAGGAAUUAGAAGGAAAAGUGUUCGUCAAUCAAUCCAUGAAAACGAAGUUGAACGAUUAUUAUUCAGUAACAACAAUAGACAGAGAAGAGGAUCGUCUUCUCUUGAGAAUACUGAUGACAUGAUUGAGGAUGAAAAUCCGACUACUGCUACUUCUGUGAUCUCUCAUCCAAGCCAAAGUGGCACGAGUUGGUUAGAUAACAUUAGAAAAUCCUCAAAGCAACCGCAACAACAUGUCUCUUCAUCAGCACAAGGCAUUUCUCUCUCACAACAAUCGAAUCAGGGUAAUAAUGAUCAAUUCUUUUCUCAGUGGGACCAUCUGAAAAAAAUUCUCUCCACACGUUCACAAGGUCGCUUUGUUUCCAAACUUAAAAGAGCUAUCAAUGGAGGUAUGAAUGAGAAAGUAUUUCAACGAUUCAGUUCAGAAAUUAAUUUGAGUCAACAACCUGUCAAAGAAGGACUUGUACUCAAGAUUCUCACGUUCAAUCAAGCUGCAUCUCAGGUAUAUCCUCAUCUUGUGAUUGGUAUUUGUAAAAUAUUGAGCCGACCUCACUCCUCAGAUAAUGAACGAUUGGAUCAAGUUCUAUAUGAGAAUGAUUUCAUUGACGUCUAUUUUGCAAAGGAAAUGAAGGAAAAAUGGAAUUUGAGACUUGGAAGUGUUGUCGAAAUUUCAACUCUUUUCCAUAUCACUCCUCCACAAGAUUUGUCAAAUUUAGGUCAACCUUCUCAAUACAAUGAACCAAUUUUCAUUUACAGACCUAGACCUGUAUUGAGCUAUUUCUUUGAGAUGAAAUGUAAAUCUCAGACCUCCGAUAUGAACGAACUCGCUCAAGACAUUAAGGCUCUUCAAACCAAAUUUAAUUAUCCAAUGUUGUCCUCAUCGUUGCCAAGUCAUAAUGACGUACAACAAAGAUCCAUGAUGGUAGAGAAUGAACAGGAUGGAUCAGUAUCAUCAUUACCUUCAACUCCUCCCAGAUCAAGCAGCAAAUCACGAACGAACACACCACCUGACUUUCUCACGCCCUCUCAUGUUCGUCAAAGAAACGCCAUUGCAACGCCAAAGAGACUUGACUUUAGUGGAGACAAUCAAGAUACUUCCUCAACCUUUGAACGAAAUUAUCAUCUAAUUUCAAGAAUUGCAACCGGACCUCUCACGAAGAAAUUUGAAUCUGUCUACAAAUAUCUUCACUCUUCAUUUUUCCCUUCCUAUUAUUUGAAUAUUGAAGGUGUCAUUCAGAGAGUUUGGAGUUUUGAUUUCAUCAAGCAUGCUGUUGUAACGAAUCACAAGACUGUUAGCAUUCCGCAAUUGACAAGCGAUGAAGCUCAACUCUCAAAUACUGUACUCAUCCAAUGCGUCUCCACAAAGAGUCUCUGUAUUUUAUUAUUACCAUCAGGAGAUACAGAAUAUUCAUACUGGCGAUCAAUAUUUGAUUACAACAUUUCACAAGGCAAGGUCGUUCAAUUCAAUGUAUGCUCCUUUAAGGACCGUGUAUAUAUUGGUCCAGAGGAUGAGUUGUACAGUAUUAUUGCACCAAUGUAUCAUCACAAUCAGCAACAACAAGGAAUCAUGACAGACCCGCAACACAGUCAAAGAUCAACAUGCUCUGAAAGCUCAUCAACAAAUCCUCUCAUUCCUCUCUAUUUCUUUACUACAAACUCUCAACAUAGUACCUGUAAAUAUGUCAUUCCAAACAAUUACUCAAUACAUCAUAAUGCAGGAGGAAUCAUUCAACCAAGUUAUUGUGACAGUGAACCAUCUUCUCUAUUGCUUGAUCCAUUAUUAGAAAAUAUUUCUCCUUACUCCUCUUACAGACAUCAACUAUUCUAUAGUUUUGAACAACCCAUUUCAGGCGACACUCAACAAUCCAAUGGUGGAGUGGAGGAUGUCAUGAUUAUUGAUGAGGAUAAUGAGAGAGGAGGCAAAUUGAGAAUGCAUCGAUGUGACAUUGAAGGAACGGUAUUGUUUAUUAAGGAAACAGACCAAGUACCUUGGAGCGAAACGCAGAACUCCCUGAUUCAAAAUGAGCACGAAAAUACUUUAUUCACUUUGUACUUACUUCAGAAGCAUUCGAGCAUGAUAUUGAAAUUGGACAGCAUCGUUCCAACAGGAUCUUCCGUUUUGUACUCCAUCGCUAAAUCCAUUCAAACAAACAGUGAGAUUAUUUUACACAAUGUUUUAGUGAGAAGACAUUCGACCGAAAAAGAAGCAAUUCACACAGAAUUAAUUCUUGAUAAAUUCUCGAUACUGUAUCUGCCAAAAGAUGACAACACGGAUGCUACGUCGUCAGCAGGAGAAGGGAAUUAUAAUACCACCAAAAUCUUGGAUUUGACUCAAACUCUUCUACCAUACUGUGUGAAACCGAGAGGAAUGGAUCAACAAAAGAAACAUAUUCACCGAAUGAACGAUUCUACAGCAGUCAAAGCUCUCGAAUACGAAUACACCUGUACAAAGAAUUCAAUAGGGUUGGUUGAAGGAUAUGUCACGGAGAUACUGGAAGAGCCGAAUCGAGGCCCAACCAUUUCAUUGUGUCCACAUUGUCAUCAAUCUCUCCAGGAUCAUCAUGAUUUUCCAAAUUGGAGAGAAACAGAGGAAGGACACAGAAUGUGCAUGCAAUGUUUCACCACAUUCACCAAGCCACAAUUUGAGCUUUAUUUCAGAGUUAAAGUUGGAUCCAAUGUUGUGCUUACUCUGGACACUUUGGCCAUUCAACAAAUGUUCGCCUACAAACAAACAACCAAGCAAAACAAGAAAUUACCAGUAUCAGGAAAUGAGACCUACAAGCAAGCAAGGGAUUUAGUGUUGAAUCAUCACUUACGAUUUUUGUGUCAUUGUGACGCAGUAGUAGAGAAUGGUUCGGAUCCUAAAUCCGUCCAUGAAGAAAAAACUAUUUCUCCUUGCUAUCAUUUUUCGAUUGUUCAUGGAGUGAGAGUGUGA